ACAGUCCGACUCCGGACCAAGUGCACAGUAUGACCUGUCUGGGACCAGGGCCGCCCUCCUACUAGCUGUGAUUCAAGACCGGCUUGGGACGCAGCAUGAUGUGGCAGCACUGGGGGACCUGUGCCAGGCCUUGGGCUUCAAGGUCACCCUGAGGACAGACCCUACAGCCCAGGCAUUCUGGGAGGAGCUGGCUCAGUUCCGGGAAAAGCUGGACACUCACAAGGGCCCUGUGAGCUGUGCCCUGGUGGCCCUGAUGGCUCACGGGGGGCCACAGGGGCAGCUGCUGGGUGCUGAUGGGCAAGGAGUACAGCCUGAGAUGCUGGUACAGGAGCUGAGCUGCUGUCGGGCCUUGCAGGGCCGCCCCAAGAUCUUCCUGCUCCAGGCCUGCCGUGGUGGGAACAGGGACCCUGGGGUGAGGCCAAGAGCUCUCCCAUGGUACAGGCGCUGGCUGCGAGCACCCCCAGCCCUCCCCACCCAGGCAGAUGUUCUCCAGAUUCAUGUGGAUGCCCCAGGCAGCCCUCCCUCCACUCCAGGAAGCUCUAGCCAAGCAGACAUCCUUACUGUCUACGCAGCUGCUGAGGGCUGUGUGGCCUAUCGGGACGAAGAAAAGGGCUCAGACUUUGUCCAGACGCUGGUGGAGGUCGUCAGAGCCAACCCUGGCGGAGAUCUCAUUGAGCUGUUGACAGAGGUCAACAGGAGGAUAUGUGAGUUGGAUGUGCUGGGGCCAGACAGUGAUGAGCUGCGCAAGGUCUGCUUGGAGAUCCGCAGCUCGCUCCGGCGCCGGCUCUGUUUAUAGGACUGACAGCCCUGCUACUUCCGAUCCACCCCCCUUCAGCACUCUGUCAUGGAUGCAGCAUCUUAGGCAUGGGAACUCGGAUAGCGUGCAAUAAAUAUCUGUUCACGA